UAUCUAUCCCUCCGCCUUCAUCUGCCCUUCAAUCGCUUUUUCUUCUUCUUCCUUGGAAGCUUCUUGAUGUGGAGACUGCGAGAUGAUCGAUAGGCAGCCGUCGCCGCCGCCUGAUCGGUGAGAGGCGCAGGAUGAAUCGUCAGCAGAGGAACGCAUCGGCGCUCCCGACGCCGGCGCAAGUAUCGCACCUGGUGGUCGUCGAGAAGGAAAGGAAGAGCGGCUUCCUUCACCGUGCCUUCCCGUUGCUCCUCCUGACCCUGUAUGCCGUCGGCUCCGUUCUUCGGCUGGCUCUGUCCUCCCCGUUCCCUUCCUCCUUUGUGCAGCCGUCUGCUGCUUCUUCAUUUUCUGCAGAACCACGGCAAGACGUGGAAUCCUUGAGGACCCAUAUCGCAUCGGAGACCAACCACCUGCAGGUCCAUGAGGAGAACCCGGGCGAUCCGCCGCUCCCGUGUUCCGCUCGCAUCGACGGUCGAACGGAGGGAGCGGCGGCCGCGAACAGAGACGGGGCGCUGGUGUGCUGCGACCGGAGCCACGUCCGGAGCGACCUUUGCUACGCGAGGGGGGACGUCCGUACCGACUCUCGGUCAUCGUCCAUCCUGGUGUACGGAGCAGCAGACGGGAAGUCGGCGGCGCCGGCGACGGAGGAGAAGAUUCGGCCCUACACGAGGAAGUGGGACACAGAGAUCACCCGCACGAUCCAGGAGAUCUCCAUCCGGCCCAUGCCGUCCGCCGCCAUCAACGGCAGCCAAACCCGGGCCUGCGACGUGCGGCACGAGGGCGUGCCGGGGCUGCUCCUCUCCAACGGCGGCUACACCGGGAACCUGUACCACGAGUUCAGCGACGGGCUGGUCCCGCUCUACGUGACGGCGGAGCGGUUCAAGGGGGAGGUGGUGCUCGUGGUGGCGGAGUACCGCCCCUGGUGGUUGGCCCGCUACGGCCCGGUGCUGCAGCGGCUGACCAACUACGAGCUGGUGGACUUCAGCAGGGACACCCGGGUCCAUUGCUUCUCGGAGAUGAUCGUCGGCUUGCGGAUCCACGGCGAGCUCAUCAUCGACCCCUGGCUCAUGCCGAACGGUAAUAGCAUUCAGGACUUCCAAGGACUCCUCCGUGAAGGAUACAGCAGCGUCGUCCAGCCCAGGACAGUGCCGCCGGAGACGCCUCCGUUUCUGCGCCCACUGCUGCGAUCGUCGCGGCACGACCACAGCCAGCAGCACGGCAGCAGCAACCACCGUCCGAGGAUCGCCAUCUUCGUGCGCAAGGGCUGCAGAGUGCUGCUGAACCUGCGGGAGGUGGUGAGGGCGUGCCAAAGGAUCGGGUUCGACGUGCAGCUCAUCGAGCCAAAGCGCUCCACGCCGCUGGACGUGAUCUACCGCGCGCUGGCGCCCGCGGACGUGAUGCUGGCCGUCCACGGCGCCGCCAUGACGCACUUCCUCUUCAUGCGCCCUGCCGCCGUCCUCAUUCAGAUCGUGCCGCUGGGGCUGGAGAAGCCGGCGGAGGAGUUCUACGGAGGGCCCGCCCGGAGGCUUGGCUUGGAGUACAUGGCCUACAACAUAACACCGGAGGAGAGCUCGCUGGCCAAGGUGUAUGACCGGCAGAGUCCGGUGCUGUUGAACACGAGCGUCAUCACCAGCAAAGGGUGGAUGGAGAUGAAGAAGAUCUACCUGGACAAGCAAAACGUGAGAGUCAACGUCAAAAGGUUCACCAAGCUUCUUGCUCAAGCACACACCAUGUCUGUGGACUACAGGAAAGGUUUUAGCCAACAGCGAGUGAAGGACUAGCAUGGUGCAAUUCUUUGGUUCAUUACCGAUUUGUUAUAGGAGGGGGAAUCUGUGGAUAGAUUGGUUGAAUUUUGUGUCCAUCCAUUAAUUUAUCUAUCUAUAUAGUUCUACAGCAUCCAAAUUUGAUGAGUUCUUCUUUGAUGUAAAGAUCCUUAUGAGAGAUAUGUGACAGAAAUGAUCUUUUAGAUUA